AUAACUUUAAAGUAUUUUUGUUUGAAAUUAAGUUGCAAGGACGGUUGAAUAAAUAGAAUUCGUUGGUCCAGUGCCGUUAAAGACAAAUUCCACAUCGCUUCAUUGUGCUGUCACCUCUGCCCACAGCAAACAAACAACUUUACUAUGAGCUUCAAACCAAAGAGCCAUACAGCCCUGGGAGAUGAGGAGUGGAUGGCAAGGCUUAGGGCAUUUGCCAGCGAUGGGGUUUGGCCGUCAAAUGCAGGGAAUAGACCUGCCCCGAGGCAGAAGAAGUGGCAUGCUCUCUAUCAGAAGCCCAACUUGGUUGCUCGGAAACCACCGGGCCCCUCUCUGCCCUCUCUGAGGACCCCUAGCCUGGCACCUUCCUCUGUGAGAACCUCUGGCCCCUCUCCAUCCUCUGUGAGGACCCCUAGCCUGGCACGUUCCUCUGUGAGAACCUCUGGCCCCUCUCCAUCCUCUGUGAGGACCCCUAGCCUGGCACCUUCCUCUGUGAGGACCUCUGGCCCCUCUCCAUCCUUUGUGAGGACCCCUAGCCUGGCUUCAUCAUCCACAACACCGACACACAUCUGCCAGACAGUUUCACCUGAGGAGCCAGCAGCAUGUGUGCAACAGUCAGAUGCAGCUGGUGAUGCAGGACCUGGCUGGUUGCCGAGUGAGAUGAGGAAGACCAUUCCUGUACAGGACCAGAGAUGGAUGGGAAAUACCCUCUUUCAUGCCGGCAAAGUGCGCCCAGAUUUCAAGUUGUGGUAUGAGCCUCCUGUACCAGCCCUCAUCUACCACCAGGUACCAACACCCGAUCGUUUUUUUACCCACCGGCUUCUGGUGUGGAUGCCCUAUCAUCAGUGGAAAGUUAGGGUGUUCUGCCGAGCUUGUGGGAAGCAUCUUACGGGGGCUGGUGUUCCACCACAUGCUCCUGCUCUGGCUCCCACUAAAGCACCCCGAAAACUGACCCGCAAGGUUUUGCACAAUACAUGCAAAAAAUGUGGGCAGUUUAGAAUUGCUGAGACAAGACACAGCCAGUAUAGAGGACAUAUUUACUGUCCCUGCAAUGAAAGCAUGACAAAGGAGCUUUGGCUAUAACACAUUAAAAAGCAAAAAUAAAUGUGAAUCUGUUUCCUCUUUGUCUUGUUUUAAAUAUGAAAGCUUUUACAAACAGUUUUAUUGUGUACAGUAACUCCUGUUUCCUGGUUCUC